UGGCAACAUUUUGGUUUCAGGGGUCUCAUAACUCGUGCGUGACUUUCCACCACUAUUUUUUUGUUUUGUUUAGCUUGAACUGAAAUUUUAAAAUGUAUACUGUCUCAAAAGGACCCAGCAAAAUUGUAGCUAAAACAAGAAGAGGUCUUUCACAGAACUUGGAAAGACUAGAUAGCCGCAAAGACAAUAAUAGGAAGUCUUCAGAAUCUGAUAAUGGAGAAAUUAUGAGUAUGCCCAAACCAGUAUUUCAUUCCAACGGUAAAAAGACAAUACACCAAAGAAUACAGCACCACGUGAUAACCCCACAGCAUGAGGAGUUGAUCAGGUUUAUUAGUGAAACUUGGACACAGUCAGCAUACGGAGAUAGUGAGCCAUCAACACCUACAACCUCAAUUGCAUCCGGCAGCUCAUCACCCGUACCGCCCUCCAGCCUUUACUACCAGGAUGAGCCCAGCCCCGUGCUGCAGGACUUCAAGCCCUUCGACCUGGAGACGUGGUGGGGCAAGCGGUUGUUCCAGAACAUCACCAACUCCCUCUGAGCUGCGUGUGGCCAUGGAACAUCAUAGUAUGUUACUGUAAGUCACAAUCAUGUACAGUUUACUACAUUUUUCUACAAUAAUGUCACAAGCUCAUGCGGUGCUUGAUAUAUGUUGAGAAAGUCUAUUUAUAGAUCUGAAGUGAAGCUUAAAACUGAAAGCUUUCGACCACAUUUCACUAAACAAAUGCUACUUCUUUUUCCCCCAAUGAUUUUUGAGAUCUUUAGGUUUAAAAAUUGGAUAUCAUAUAGUUAGACCAAGAUAAGUCUGCAGCGAUUUUGAUAGUCCACUGUGCAAGCAUUAUUUUUAACGUCAAAUUUCUAUAAAAUUAUGACAUGUAAAUAACACUUGCACAGCCUGUGCUGUCCAAAUCAUUGCAGAGUUGCCUUGAUCUAACUCUAUUAAAGUUUGCUAAAACAAUGAUCUGGGCCUAAUAAGGUGAAUAUAGAUAAUCAAUAGAUAUGUAAGACUAUGUUUUAACUAAUAUGGUGAAAUGUGUAAAGAGAAAGAUAUAUUGUGACAUAGACAAGUUUAAAAUAGACUUCCUCAUCAUGCAUAUUUUUGCAUAGGGAUUGUAGCAUGUGCUACUUUGCUACAGGUAGCUUCAUAAAUACUUGGUGUAUGGCUGAGGCUUGUCUUAGUGUAAAAAAUGUACAAAUUUAACCACAAAAUAUCAAAAGGAAGAUUGAAUAAUCAUUAUGACAUUGUAUGUAUCAUUAAAUCAUCACAAAUAUUGGUAAAUCCGUAAGUUAUCAUUGGAAUUGUGCCAUUUGGUUAGGUGUAUAUUUUCCUCAAUAUUUGUAUGAAUUGAAGUGGGAGCAUGAAAAAAAACGGAAUUCUAACAUUAACAUGCUCUGUAUAAAAUACCAAUGUAAAAUUUAGUAACCUAUACUUGAUUGUGGAUCUCAUUUCAUUAUCGUAAGUGAACAUUUCCAGAAGCUCAAAUCGUUUGCGACUAGCAUUGUUUUACGAAACAAUAUUUUGUAAGAUUGUUGUAUUGUGUUCGUUCUUAAUGUCUAUGCUAAGUCUGCAAGCCAAGUGCAAUGCCAAGUAAGGCGCGGUCAUACAUUGUCGUUGCCAAGUCGCUGCAGUCUUACCAUAGUUUUCUUUGUCGAGUUGAAAAACUGUUAUUUUUUUUUUUACAAAAGACCAGUUUCCAAUAGACAAAUAGUCAAUAAAAAAAUGGGAAAUUAUUAAAAUUGUAUUUGUGUAAAAUCUUAAAUGAAUCUGAAAUUGGCAUGAGAUUGAACCAGGCUUGGAAAAGGAGUGGGUAGCAAAAUAGCGCUUACAUUUAGUAAAACAUUACUUUUAUGAAGAGUAGCUUUUUCUGUUUAUAACCCAUUUGGAAACUAGUCUAUUAUAAAAUAAACAAAGCCAUAUUUUAUUCCCAAAACAUAUGUUUUAAGCCAAAGUUUUAUUUCCAGUUUUAGCUGCUAGCCUCAUUCUGUGGCCAUUUCAAUAUAAAUCAAAAGUUAGUAAAUUACAUUGAAUAUUUCUGUAUUACAAUUGGCUAAGACGAAAAGUGUUAUGUCAAAUUGUUUAAAAAUAAUAGUCAGUUGACAACCCAAUCCAACUUACCAAAGCCCUAUUCUUACAAAUUUUUUAUACUAUUCCUAUCCUGAAAAUCGAUAUUCGAAGAAAAUCUAUGUGCAUUUUUUUCUCUUUUGAAAUACUCGAGUGAUAGAGACGGAGAUACACAAUUUUUGAACUUCGCGAUAACUUCUCAGUACCGAAUAAAAACAGUAUAAUAAUCUCAAAUACAAGUUUUGUAUAAGUAGUAAGAAUUGGUUAUUAGCGAGUAUUGUUGUCGCCAACUAAAUCAAAUUGAACAUGCAUGUUUCCAUUUACUCAGUGAUAUGAUUGUAAUAAUAAAAAGACAAAUUUUCUUACAUAAUAUUAAUAAAAUGAUUAUAUAUUAAGUGCCUCCACACAGCAAUAGAUCGAAUAGGUUGCUCUUGAUUCUGAGUGGAUCAAUAUUUUCUUGUCAAGUGGUAACUAUUUGUCAUGGUUAUGUCUCCUGGGUCACUUUUUAGGGUUCCGUACCCAUAGGGUAAAACGGGACCCUAUUACUAAGACUCCGCUGUCUGUCCGUCUGUCAUCAGGCUGUAUCUCACGAACCGUGAUAGCUAGACAGUUGAAAUUUUCACAGAUAAUGUAUUUCUGUUGCCGCUAUAACAACAAAUACUGAAAACAGAAUAAAAUAAAUAUUUACCUAAGUAGGGCUCCCGUACAAGAAACGUGAUUUUUUGCCGUUUUUUGUGUAAUGGUACGGAACCCUUCGUGCGCGAGUCCGACUUGUACUUGGCCGGUUUUUUAACCCUUUGAACACCACGCCUAUGGCGUGCGGCGAGUCAGCGGGAACCUUGUUGGCAUGCACGAAGGUUGAUAUUUGGCCGUAGCCGCUCACGUCAGAAGUCGCCUUUGGUGGACAAAGAUUUUACGAUUAAAUUCACCGAAACAUGUUAAUAGGAUGUUUUAAUUUUGUAGGGUUCCGUACCCAAAAGGUGUUUUUUUUUUAAACUAUUACUGUUGUUUCUUGGCUAACGGGAUAGAAUAACAAGAAAUAGUUGAUCCACUUUUUAUUUUAUUUACUCUUCAGCUUUUUUUAUUAAGAUUUUUCGUAGAGUGUAGGCAUAAAUUUUAUUUAUAUAUGUAGACAUUUUCUAUCUCCUAUAGAUGUUUCUAUUGUUUAUUAUCUCCUAGAUACAUUAAAAUUAUUUUUGUUCAAAAUAGAUAAUGGUUAUGAGAUGGAUUUUAAUUUACAUAUAUCUACUAUUGUUAUAGAUCAGUAUUCAUGUUACGACGAUCAUGUUAUCUGUUAUACAAUACACCAAAGAUUGAUCAUAAUUCAUAUUGUUACUGUUGUCAAAGAUGAGUUAGUGAAUAAAGGUUGCUUACCAACGUACGAACAAAGAUACACUGAUUGAGUAAAAUGUGUCAGGUCUAAGACAAUGUCGUGCUUCAAAUUUGCUAAUCAAGAUUAUGCGAUAGCACAUAUUUUCAAAAAUUGACGUUUCAGACAGUGACAAUAAAACAGAUGACGCAGUACAGCGCCAUCUGUGUAGGCCUUCAUUCUACAGGGCACGUUUUGUCUUAGACUUUUCCUCUCUAUUACAAUCAAUAACACAAUGGUACAAUCGCCAUCAGAUAUAUUGGAGGUUGGAGGGACAAAUAUCUGAACACGCCUUUAUUGUCUAGGCUUUGUGCGUACAUACAGUUUUAGGCAUUCCACAAUAAGAUCUACUUUGUAGGGGACGUGCCGCGUAUGGCACCUCAGUAACAUGCAGAAAUCUGUAUUAUACACGAUGGGUGGCUAAAAUAUAAGUGCAUUCCCGUUGUUAGGGAGGUUUUAGGAUUAUACUGAGCAACUUUUACUAUGGGACCAACCCCGAAAUCGCGAAAAAAAAUUUGGCUGUUUCAUACAUUUUGGCUGGUCCAUUUUCUAUGGGAGGGUAAAAAAAAUUUCACGAUUUCGCGGUUGGUCCCAUAGUAAAAGUUGCUCAGUAUAAUCCCAAAACCUUCCUGGCAACGGGAAUGCACUUAUUUUUUAGCUACCCUUUAUUCCGUUGAAUUUAAAGCUAAGUUAUGAAACGUAAUCAUGCCAAAUAUCGGCUUAAUGGCUUAUUUAUUUUUAGAAAUGUUAAAAAAAUGGCGUCACGUAUCCGACACUUUUCUGGAAUGCCCCUUUACUAAGCUUAAUCUUAAUGUGUUACGCAUGUUUUUUUUUGUAUGGACCAUCGUUUGUACCAACGUAGUUUAAGUUGGCUUAAGAGACAUUCACACAAAGUCCUUUUUACAACAUUUUAAUUAACGCAAUUAUUAUUUAGGUAAAAAAUUACAAAUCUUAAUUUUUACAGGCUGGCCCAAAAAUUCGUUGACAAAGAUAAUUUACUCUGCAUAUUGUUGAUAAUUUUAACAAACGUUUGCGUUUGUGUAUCACAACCAAAGGACAAUAUUAUUGACCAUUUAUAAGGCAAUGGGUGUCGGAAAUUAUGCAAAAUUGAACCCUAUCACUUAUCAUGUGGGUAAUAUAUAUUCCCUCUGCCUUAUAAAGGCUUAAGAUAUACACUUUGUUUUAGUUAAAUUGCAAGUAAUUUAAAAUUUUAUUGACACAUUGUAAAAUACGUGUAAGUAAGAAAAAAUUUCGUAAACAUAUUUUUGGGCGACCCUGUAUUAAAAUAUAUUUUAGGUGCUUAUUAUUUCCAUAAUUGAAUGCAAUUUGAAAAUUUAUAAGUUAUAUUUUGACAUAUAAUGUUAUAUUGACUAUCUUUGAAGUUUGACAUUGGUCCUAAGCCAAUAAGCUAAUCCUAUAGUACUUGUAUGUUGUUUCUUAUGAGGACAGGAAAUUAAUGUGAUUUGUAUAUGUGAUCCGAUCGUUUUCCUUUGCACGGUUGGCAUCAAAGAUACUGUUUGUCCAGAGGCAAAUUUCCGUUUUUAAAAUUUGAUUAAAACAUACUAACCAAAACUAUUUAUUUCUAUGAAAAGAAGAUAAAUGCAGAUUUAAUUUUAUAGAAAUCAGGAAACUAAUUUUAAUCACCCCGCGUCUCCCUCGCACUUGGCUUUCGAAAAUCAUUUAAAUUUGAAAUCGGAAAUCUGCCGCUGGUCUGUAUGUUUUCAUUUUGCACCUUAUGUCAUUGUGAUAAGGAUGUCUUUGACGCUAUGAAUGCUUUUGGUUUUAUACAUUCAAGUAUUCAAAUUUAUUAAGCAUACGUAUUGACAUUCUCACACUACUUAUAGCAGAAACUAGUAAAUGAGAAAUUACCGUCGAUCUAGUUUUAUACCACCAGUCCACCACAGUAGGGGAGACCGAGGUGAGUUGUGACAGAGGAGAGUUGUGACAUUGUCGAUUUUUGGAUCCUCUUUAACUGUUGGCGAACUCGCAGCAGUGCGCGCUUGUUAGCUAGUAACUUGAACUAACAAACGCGCGCUAUUGCGAGCUCGUUAUUAGAUAAUAGAUUUUAAAAAAUCGACGAUGUCACAACUCUCCUCUGUUUACAACUCACCUCGGUCUCCCCUACUCUACAAACAGUUCCAUAUAUUAUCACCUCAAAUAUUUAAAUUUAAAAAAAUUGAAAAGUUCACCGAAGCAAGGCUUAGAUAGCUUCGAUAGCUCAGUUCAUUAAGAGCAAUUGGACAUCUCGUUUAGAGAAACGUAAUUUAAGCAGUCCUUAGACUUGACUAGUUUCUGCUUAAUGGUUAUUGAUACUAUUUUACAAUAUAUUGUUAACACAGGCAGGCCUUAUAUCAUUCUUUAUUGUUUAUUUAUUUUUUAUCCUAUUGGAUAUGAUAGUCGAAUGUGAAUACUUUUUAAAUACGCUAGGCGACUCGCAAUAAUUCUCAUUUGUAAAUAAAUCUGAGUCAUGUUUUAUAAAUUAUCUGUACAAAUUGUAAAUAUGCGAAUCAUAUUCUGUGAAGUAUUAUUAUUGGGUUAUGGAAUUUUCGGAAAAAUAUGUAUGCUUUGUAUCUAAGUACACCACCAAAAAUUGAAGUAUUACCACUACGGCAGCCAUAGAGAAAUAAACAUUAUAUAAAGAAUAUAAAAGAUCCAGAUAGAUGAUUAUCUUGACUCGCGUCGAAUGAUAACGCUAUCACGUAAAAUUUAUGUAGACAUUUUUUGGAAGUUUAUCACAUGAAUUUAUUUAGGUAAAAAUGUGACAUUUAAUUAAUAAACAUCAGUAAAAACAUGAUUAUCCAAUUAUUUUUUAAAUUAAGCCCAACCAAAAGAGACUUGAAGGAACUGUCAUAGAGAAACCAUCAUUCGACGCGAUAGAGGUUUAAUCUAACGUGCAGCUAAAUAUGGCAACGAUGUGUUGCAGUUUAUGAAAGACAUCGCUAACAUUAUUAAUGAUCCAUAGAUAAAAGUGCCAUAUGUACUAGGCUCAAACUAACAAAAGUCUGCAGACAUUUUGACAGUACACGCAGUGCAGGUGUUAUUUCAAAUGUCAAACUUCUAUGAAAUUAUGACGUAUAAAUAACACUGGCACUGCGUGUGCUGUCAAAAUCUCUGCAGACUUUUCUUGGUCUAACUCUAUGAAGAUUUCUG